AAUUAAAACCAUGGAAUCGAAGAAGAAGAGGAAGAAGAAAGCAAUUGACUUGUUAAAUCUCUCGGGAAUGGAGCUCCUCCGUCAUUGCUGGGCGGUGAUUCUCUUUCUCUCACACUUGCUUCCCGUCAUCUCAGGCUUUUUGUUUCUUCAACAUCAUCAGGAAUCAAUCUCUUCAACGCCCAUUAAUAAUAAUGAGUAUAUUAAAGCUAGGGUUUAUCAAUCUCCUUCUUCUUCUUCGUCUCGUCUCGAACUCUGUUCUCGUACUCCUCCAGAUCUACUAUUUCGCGUUACCUUUCACCUUUGCGUCAUUGUUAAAACACCUCUCUCUUCACGUCUUCCGCAUGGCACCUCUCUCUCCCUGUCUAAUUAACAUUUUCCCGAACCCUAAAUUUGAUUUUCUAUUUGCAAUCAAUGUGUAAUUGCUGAUCUUAUCAUUUGAAUCUGUACAUUGUUCCUCUUCUUUUCAUUUGGAAAUUAUUUUAAGGGUUUAGUGGUUCAAACCUGGAACUUGAGGUGUUGUGUCAUGUCUGCUGAUUUUACAUUGGAUCCGGCUAUUAGCCAUGAUCCGGAGGAUCCAGAGUAUAGCUCUAGAAAUGGAAAACCAACCUUGAAGAGAAGAGAUAGUCUAGUCUUCAAGAUUCUUGAUGGCUUUUUAGAGCAAAGAAAUCGGUCGUUUAUCAAUAUUGCAACAAAUGCUGUGAGAAGAGUUACAAGCAAAAGGUUCUCAGGAGAAACUCGAGAAGGUCACCCCGAUGACAGCAGUCUUCCGAUUAAUGGCGACGGAAGGCGGGAACAUGGAUCCGAAAAAAAGUCUGGCCCUCUCUUAUCUGGAACAGCCUACUGUAUUUCAUCUUGCAGCAUGAUCUUGCUGAACAAAGUUGUUCUUUCGAGCUAUGGAUUUGAUGCAGGAAUAUCUCUUAUGUUUUACCAGAAUCUUGUCAGUGUCGUUGUUGUUAUGGCAUUGAAACUUUUUGGACUGGUAUCCACUGAAAAACUCACGUGGAAACUGAUCAAGGUUUGGAUUCCGGUUAAUAUAAUAUUUAUUGGAAUGCUUGUGACGGGCAUGUAUAGUUUGAAGUACAUAAACAUUGCAAUGGUGACAAUCUUGAAGAAUCUGACGAAUAUUUUAACGGCGAUCGGAGAAUUAUAUAUUUUCAAGAAGCGUCAAAACCGGAAAGUGUGGACCGCAAUGUUAAUGAUGAUAAUAUCUGCUCUAACCAGUGGAAUUACCGAUCUCUCUUUCGACGCUGUGGGUUAUACAUGGCAAAUUUUUAAUUGUAUUCUCACUGCAAGCUACUCGCUUACCCUACGACGGGUCAUGGACACCGCAAAGCAAACAACAAGGUCUGGAUCUCUUAAUGAAGUUACCAUGGUGCUGCUUAACAACGCACUCUCGUUGCCGUUGGCCAUCUUCUUAAUCAUUGUCUUUAAGGAAUGGGAAUACGUAUAUACUGUCGAUGUAGUCAGGUUACCAAUGUUUUGGGUUGUGGCGACGGCAAGUGGAUUGCUUGGACUAUCAAUCAGUUUCACCUCUAUGUGGUUUUUGAAUCAAACCGGCCCAACCACUUACAGCCUGGUCGGGUCCUUAAACAAGAUUCCAAUUUCCAUUGCCGGAUUACUUCUGUUCAAUGUUUCACUUAGCAUGUCCAACCUUUUCAGCAUACUAUUUGGACUGUUUGCUGGAGUAUUAUUUGCCAGGGCCAAAAUGUCUUGAUCUGGCAGUUCGAUUAUUAAAAGAAUGAGCAGCCAGUAACCUUGGUGGUUCUCUGGAAUAUGGUUCAAGUUGAACCACUUACUAACACGCCACAGAAAAUACACACCAUACAACAAAAGUUACAGACACUAAUAACGGGGGUGUGUAAUAGAUAGAAAUCUGAGAUUAUUUCUUAUUUCGCCCCCCAAGGAUCACAAACCAUUAGCUUUGCAGAUGGAGUAUCCUGAAGCGAGAAUACAAGCGCCCCAGCGGGUGAUAUAGUAGUAUAUCCACCAAAUUUACCAUGGUUCUUAGAAACUUUAUUCUUUGAUUUGUUUAUCAUACUUUACAUAAUUGUAACACCAAGUGUUAUUUUAUUUUGCAUCCUUUAUUACUUUGAAGUUAUUCUUGCAGAAAGUUUGGGAGAAAAAUAUGAAAAUAGAAUAGUUUCUCCGGUUGGUCAGGUCUGGUAGAGACUCCUGAA